AUGUCGAUGCAACCAACCCAAAGUUUCAUUACAAUCUUGAUUGCUGCCGUCUACAUGGUAACAUGUUUUGCAACAGAAGAGCCCGUCCUUGAGUUCUACAUGCAUGAUAUCCUCGGAGGCAUUAGCCCCACAGGUCGACCGAUAACUGGCUUACUCGGAAACGUUUACAGUGGUCGAGUACCUUUCGCUAAACCCGUAGGAUUCCUCCCCCCCCCCCAAGACAAUAGGGAAAGCUCAGGGGUUUACGUAUCCAGUUCAGCUGAUGGAACAACACAAAUGAUGGCAUUCACGGCUAUUAUAGAAGGCGGAGAAUACAACGAAUACUUGAACUUCUACGGAGUUUACAAGGUCGGAAGCACCGUGUCACAUGUAUCAGUGAUCGUGGAACCGGCAAGUUUAAGAAUGCUUGUGGAGUUGCUGAGGUUCGACCGCUUAUACCACCAGGUCAACAUGUCACGGAUGGCGCUGAGACGUUGCUGA